AUGGCGAAGAAGUUGUUUUUAUCGGUACCCUUUGGGGCCGUAGUUCUGUCUUCCGUUUUAUUUUCAUAUUCUUUCGCUAUCUAUCUGCGAGCUGCAAGGGAUGUUCCCUCCAAAGGAGAAGGAGCCAGCCUCCUCGGUCAGCCUUCUCUGCCCGCAAGAGAAGAGUUCGGACUUCCCUCCCCUUCGCACCCCAGCUUCUUGCAAGCAAGGUUUCACUUUCCCCGUAAGUCGAAAAAAGGUAAGCGCAGUGUCACGAAGCCCCCUCCCCCCACUCCGGACCCCGCCGCUUUUCCUCCCGACGUGGGUCCACUGCCCUGCGCAGAUGAAGAAGAGAAGAGGCGGUCGAAUAAUAGACUCCCUGCAACCCCCUCUGAAGCUGUCCCCCCAGGUCCACCGGUUCCUGGGGGUGACCCUGAAGGUUUUGGAACCGUCGGAAAAAGAAGAAGCGUAAGGAGGCCAAGCUUCCGCGGGCCACUGUUUAAGCCGGACAGCGGCAGGGAUGACAGAGGAGAACAGUCCCCAGCACAAGAACCGACAAAUUCACCGGAAGGCAUACCUUUCGGUGGAGGUGCCGGAGCAGCAGGUGCAGAAACAGCAGAAGGUGGGGCAUCUGGUGUAGGAACGACUCCUCAGGGCUCUCCAGAGUUCCCCUUUGAAGAUACAAGAAGAAGGUUGGGAGCGCUGCUUGGCGGUCCAGGGCAACAGCAAAGUUUCCCUCCAGCUGGAGUAACACAGCCACCUGCGCAGCAAGCCGGUACAUCUGGACCCACCGUGGGGACAAGGAGACCAACAGGACAGCCAGGAGGGCCGGGAAUGCCACAAAGGCCAAGAACUGGUGCAGGGGACCCGCAACGAUAUUCCAUGCCAGUGGCCCCUACGGGUGGGUCUUGGGGGGCAGCAGCAGGGAGCGACAGCACGAGACCGAGAUCAGUCAUGGAUCCUGGAAGUCCUGAGACUGCACCCUUUGGCGAUAGGCAAAGAAGGUUGCAAGAGUUACUAGGCGGUCGUGGGGGUCAAUGA